AUGGAGUUGUUUCCAACAAACGUAGUAGUCUUGUGUAUAUCAUACAUCUUGCUUUAUUUAACGGCACUUGUCAUUCCAGUCAAUUCCAGCAGUGCUUCCAGAUAUGUGCACACAUUUAAGCGCUCUCCAUUUGAUGCAGAAGAGUCGUUUAUACCGUUAAUGAAUGAAAAUAGGAGAAGAAGAGACGCGGAUGUUACUGAGACAGAAUCAGAAAAGAAGGACCCAGUUUGUGAAAACCAGAAAACAUUUUUCAGCACUGUUCGUGAGAAACUGAAAAAUGGCACACGCUUGGAAGAAACACACAUGUUUGCUAAUGAGACAAAAUAUAACCUGGCUUUAGCUUGGGCUGGUCAGAAUGAUGCCGGAAUUUUGUUGGUGCUUACAACAAAAGAGCUGGAUGUUUUCCAAAUUCCAGAAUCAACUUUAUGGAGAAGUAAAGACCAUGGUCGUAAUUGGGAAGACUGGUCAAGUCAUGUGGACAAUAAAGUCUUUAGAAAAGAUGAUGGUCUGCAGCGUAACCCUCACAAUCCCAGCAAGGUGUAUUUAGUCAGCUAUGAACAUUUCAUCUAUGUAACUGAAAAUGGCGGUGAGAGCUGGACAAAAAGUGACCUUACCUCUGAGGCAGGGACCUCACUCAGUGUCGAUGAGCAGCUGGAGUUCCACCCGGAGCCACAGUUUGAGGACUAUGUGGCUGUCAUAUCUAAUGAUAGGAAGCUGUAUGUGACAUACAAUAACUUCCUAACCAAUGCUGAGACAAUCAAGUCAGGAGUUCAUACAGUCAGAUGGGGUACAGCAGAGUCACAGACAGAGAAAUGCUUGUAUGUUACAACCGGGGACUUCACAAACCCUCUUAUUCAGAUUGGACCACAAAUGAUGGAUUUAGAGCGUUAUAACAGUACAACAAAGAACUGGAAAACUAUUCUGAGGAGGGUGGUUUUGUUUAAUGUGCAGGACAAGUUUAUAUAUGCCUCAAUUUUCAAGUCAGAGCGCCCAAAGACUCAGGCAAGUAGACAUUGUGAUGAUGAGAGACUGAUGAUGAUUUCCUCUGAUGGAGGGGAGACGUGGGGUGAGGCCCAGCUUCCAACUCUCACCGGAGAUAGG